GGAUCUAUUUGCUUGGUCGGAUUUUACUCUGACAAUCUAGGAAGCUGAAUAGCCUUCCGGCAACGAAACGACUGCACAAGUUGUAAGCCCAUUUGCCGCGUAUACCCAAUAUGGCUGAAGCCUUUGAAGAAUGGCUUGAUAAGCAUGGAGGAAAAAAGCACGCGAGUUUAGACCUGGUGAAGGAACUUCCGAACGGCGACCGUGGCGUAGUGGCGACCGCGCCAAUUGCUGAGGGCGAACUUCUGCUUCUGUUGCCCAUCAACUGCGCGCUGUACAUGCCAAACGAUGAGGAGUGGGCCAAGCGUGGCAGUUCCUUCCCGGAGGCGGUGGGCUACCUGCAUGAGCACCACCGCACCCUGAGCCCCUUCCUGGCCACCACGCUUGCGCUGAUGUCCGAGGUGGCGCGCGGCGGCGAGUCGGCCUGGGCUGCGUAUGUGGGCACGCUGCCGCCGUCGUGCCCCGACUGCCUGCUCAACUGGAGCAAGGAGGAGAAGAAGGACCUGGAGGGUACGGCGCUGGAGGAGCUGGGCCCCGACCCCGCCGCCGACGCCUUCAAGCGCCACGUGGCGCCGAUCCUGGCCGCCCGCCGUGACCUGUGGCCGCUGCAGCAGCAGGGCGAGGGCGAGGGCGGGGCGGCUGCUGACGAGGCGGCUGCCGACCUGGCGCUGUUUGUGCGGGUGGCGGGUCUGGUGCAGAGCCGCGCCUUCCACCUGGAGGCGGAGAACUGGGUGUCGGGAGCCAAGGAGAUCUCCAAGCUGGAGGGCGGCGGCACGCAGGUGUUCCUGCUACCCGGCAUCGACAUGAUCAACCACUCCCACAACCCCGCCCGCCGCAACGCGCACCUGCAGCGGCUGAACGUGGCGCAGGCGGCGGCUGCCAAGCUGACGGAGGGCGGCGCGCCGGAGGGCGUGGAGGCGUUCUUCGUGAUGCGGGCGGACAAGCCCAUCGCAGAGGGCGAGGAGGUGCUCCACACGUACGGCAACCUGUCGGACGCGCAGCUGCUGCAGACGUACGGCUUCCUGGAUUCAGAGGACGGCUUCGCGCAGCUUCCGGGCGGGGCUGCCUCCGGAUCCGGAUCCCAACCGCCUGAAGCGGCUGCGGAGGAGGAGGGCGGCAACGGCGGGAAGAAGGGUGGCAAGAAGCGCGGCAAGGCCGGGGCGUCUGCCGCCAAGGGGAAAGAGGAGGCGGAGGAGGGGGCAGGCUACCGCAACCCCUACAAUGCGGCUCUGGUGCCGUGGGAGGCGGUGGAGGACGUGUGCUGCGGCCUCAUGAAGUCCAUGGACCAGGGCCUGCCCGCCGCUCUGAAGCGCGCCAAGCGGGAGUUCCUGGCUGCUGCCGGCGUGCUGCAGGUGGCGGCGCCCGAGGCGACCCAGUUCGUGCUGCUGGCGCGGGAGCCGCUGCCCGACGAGCUGCUCACCGCGGUGCAGGUGCUGCUGAUGACCAAGGAGGAGUUCAAUGAGCUCAAGCGGGAGCACGGCGGCGAGCAGGCGGCGGCGGGCGGCAGCGCGGCCGGCAAGAAGGGCGCCGCCGGCAAGAGCCCCAUCAAGGGCGCGGCAGGCAAGGGCAAGAAGGGCAAGGGUGGUGCGGCGGCGGCGAAGGAGGAGGCGGAGGUGGACAAGGCGGGCGAGGGCAAGGAGGCGGCGGCGCUGCCCAAGCUGUCUCUGGGGACGGCGCUGCUGGAGGAGGAUGAGGACUUUGCGGAGAUGGUGUGCAUCGCCACGUUGCAGGUGCUCAAGUCUUGUGUGGAGCGCUACCCCUCCACCAGCAAGGAGGACGUGCGGCUGCUCAAGAGCAGCGAGUGCACCGGCCGGCAGCGCCUGGCGGUGCGGGUGCGGCUGGGCGAGAAGGAUGUGCUGCAGCUGGCGCAAAAGGCGGUGGUGGAGCUGCUGCGCAAGCUGCGGGAGGGAGAGCCCAUCGGAAAAGACGCGGGCGAGGAGGAAGAGGAGGAGGAGGAUGAGAAGCCGCAGGGCAAGAAGCCUGCCAAGGGCAAGGCGGCGGCGAAGGGCAAGCCGCCGGCGGCCAAGAAGCGGCGGGGUCUGGGCGCGGAGGCCUCCAGCGACGAGGGCGGCAUGGAGGCGGACGCAGCGGCGACGGCGGUGGACGAGGAGGAGGACGACGACGGGUUGCUGGCGGGCAGCGACGACAGCGAGCGGGUCGGCUACGGCGCGGACGAGUUCGAUGACGGCAUUGGUGAGGCGCACGACCGCGGCAAGGCGCACGAGGCACCCAAGGCCAGCGAGUAAGGAGCCGGCGAGCAGGCAGCGGCGGGCCGAAGUGCAGCGGAGUUAUCCGGAGGAGGGCCUUGUUGGGCUG